UGGUGUGACGUCCACACCGUGCGUCGGCUACUAGGUUAACCGCGGCUGGGGGGCGCGCGCACGUGGGCGGCUGUCCGCAUGGAGGCGGCAGCGGCGGGAUGUCGCGGCCCGGGGCUGGCGCUCUGCGGAGCUCUCAUGGCUGCCAGCGGCGGGAGCCGCUUCCUAGCAGCUCGCUACCAGGAGCCCAGUGUUGAUGAUCUCUUCAUGUAUGACUGCAUCACUGCAGGCAAGAAGUCUCAAGAAGACAGAGGACAGGAUGGACAGCCAGCAAUUAAAGCAAGCGAUGAUAUUCUUGCUUUUGCCUUCUCCUCAUCAGGAGGCUAUUUUGCUUUGACUGAUGACAACAAACGCCUGGUUCUUUUUCGUACUAAGCCUUGCUGGGAAUGCCUUAGUGUCAGGUCUGUUGUUAGAAGAUGCACUUCUCUGAUUAUUGCAGCUGCAGAGGAUAAGAUUCUGGUUGCAGACAAGUCUGGUGAUGUCUAUUCUUAUUCAAUAACAGAACCACAAAAAGCAGGAAAGAUUGAGCUUGGGCACUUGUCCCUGCUCUUGGAUGUGGCGCUGAGUCCUGAUGACCAGUAUAUCCUAACUGCGGACAGAGAUGAGAAGAUUCGAGUCAGUUUGACUAGAGCGCCAUAUAACAUCAUAUCUUUCUGUCUUGGGCACAGAGAUUGUAUCUUUAAUGAACAUAAGAGUUUUGAUGUUCAAGAAAGACAUUGCCUGUUUGUAAGCAGAAUAUUUGUAAUACCAAACUAUCCAGAUCUUAUGCUAUCAGCUUCUGGGGAUUGUACUCUGAGGCUUUGGGAAUACAAAAGUGGAAAAGAAGUGCACUGCUGUCAUCUAAACAGUUUGAAUAAGACUGAGGCAACCAAAAAUGACAAGAAAUACGCCGUGUCGAGAAUAGCCUAUUGUUGUCAAGGAAAUUACAUUGCCAUUUUAUGUGACUGUAUUCCCACAGUUUACAUCUUCCAGUUUGAUGCUGCUGCCCAGCUGUUAAAUUACAGACACCAGAUCUCUUUGAAGCAUAAAGGCUGGGACAUUGCAUUUGAGGAAACAGGUGGGCUCUGGAUACUGCAGGAAGACAAAGAAGCAUCACUUCUACUCUACAGGCCUGUGGAUGGACAUUGGCAGCCUGUCGCUGAUGACAAAGGAUUAAUGAAAAUGUCAAAAUACCUGCACGACAACUGGACAAUGUUUGAAGGUUCUGUUGGGACAGAAAGUUGCUACAGCAGUCUUUACAAGGCCUCAUUCGACAACAUGGCUAUCUAUCUACAAAAGAAAGAGGAAAGACUACAGCAGCAGCAGAAAAGAAAAGAGCUGCAGCAUGGAUCUAAUAAACAAACUAAAAAGAUAAGAACAAGAGAAUCAUCCUAACCAUUAACUGCACCAUUUGCUUGUAACUUCUACAACACUGAAAGAAACCGAUCUAGGCCCUGAACUUUUUUUUAAGCAAACUGAAUGACUGACAAACAUCAGCAUUCAGUUUGCAUGUCAGAUAGGGAACGGCUCUAAUGAAUCAGGUUAAUUUUCUUGUAAUGACAAUAUCCUGCUUGCAACAGAUAUUAUAUUUACUGUAUAUAUUGUUCCUUGCCAUUUGUUCUAUCCCAGCAGUUGGAAACCUUAGUGCUGGUAAUGCAGUUUUAGUAAUCUGAAGCACGGUAUCUUCAUAUUGAGAUAGUGCUUUACUUGGAGAAAGGGAUUUCUCUUAUCUACUGGACUCCACAUAUAAUCUACUUUGGGGCUGGUUUCCAAAAGAAGAAAGUGUGCUAAUUAGAAGUUGACACCAAGUAUUUUAGUUUUUGUUUUAGAUAGUUCAUUUAAUAUGGCAGCCUAUAAAAGGAUAAUCAUGAAAAAUUAGUCUCUUGAAAUUUUUUUUAAAAUACAAUAUAUAAGGCUGUAACUGGCAGGCCUUUGUCAAUUUAUUUUUAUGCUCAAACUACAGAUUUUGUUAUGAAUUCUGUGUUAAUACUUAAUCCAGCACUAUUUACUCAGAGCAGUGUGGGACUAGAUUUUACAUACUGUAAAGCAGCAAAAGGUGUCAACCAAACCCCAAUGCCAUGGGAAGAAGACUGGUUUGCUGCAUUCUGACUUUUCAUCUUAUCUGUAGAAAUGGUUUCAGAGGACCCAGUGCAAUACUAUCUUGUGUGUUCCGCUUUUUGCGACAGAAGUGUCAUUUGACGCUAGCUAAGAAAUAAAAAUCUUGACUAACAGUUGAGAGACUCUUAUGGCCUUAGUUGUUACUUCCUCACAUAUGUUUAUUUAAUGGCUGAGAAAAACACAACUUGUCUUCAUGGAAUAUACUGAACUUCAGAUGGGAUUGUAAAGCUGGGUGUAUAAAUCUGUAUGAUCAUUCAAAACAUGAGAAACUAUGACCUGAAAAAUCUAUCCAGGUACUUAUACGGCUCAUCACUGUGGGAUCUGAACCUUUUUAUUUAAGUAAUAAAACAUUGCAUGCAACUAAUAUACAAGAGAUUGGUGAGCUACAAAGGAAAACCACUUCAAUUUAUUUCUAGUGUAUUAUCUGUUAAUCAUUAACAAAGCAGAACCCACUACUUAUAUCCAAACACUUAAAAUUGCAUUAUACUAUUGCUCUUAUUGUAGGGCCCACAGUCAGGAUCACUAGGGCCCUUUUGUGUUUAUUGCUGUUAAAUCAAUUUUUUAAAAAGCCUUUUCAUGAACACCUCAUUUGAGAGUCCCACUUAAGAUGGAAGCAUUAUAUGCACUACCACAGAACCAGCAAAUACCCCGCUACCCCGCUAUAACGCAACCUGAUAUAACACGGGUUCGCAUAUAGCGCAGUAGCAGCGGGGA